GUUACGGUCGCGGCAAAGACCCUUUCGCGCACAAGCAACGCGCGACUCCGAGCACCCACACUUAUUUCUCUAGCUCUCAACCUCGAUGACACGGUACUUUUCCGUGUGCUAUCUUGCAUAUGUACUUUUUGCAAGCUUCUCAUGUGUUCUCGGUAAAGCGGACACGACCGUGAACAACAAAACAAUUGACCGAACUAUACAGCUUCGCACACAUUCAAUAUUUCCUCCAUACAUAGAUCAAGACCUGCAAAAUCGUUGGUGGGAUUUUGGCGCAGAUGCAUACAUCAAUACCAACAAACAUAUUCGUCUUACGCGCGCGAGCCCAUCUCAAAUGGGAUGGCUCUGGUCGCGCAUGCCGCUGACUGCUUCCAAUUUUAUUAUCGAGGUAGAAUUCAAAGUCACUGGUGAAUCGUCGCACCUGUACGGAGAUGGAAUGGCUAUUUGGCUCACCAAGGAGCGAGCGGAACCUGGCCCUGUCUUCGGCAGCAAAGACAACUUCGAAGGGCUCGGUAUCUUUUUGGAUACUUACGCAAACUCGCGGCACCCUUAUGGAUUUCCCCGCGUUGUUGCGAUGAUGGGGGAUGGACAGACACCUUAUGAUCAAGCACACGAUGGUGAGGCCAACAGCCUAGGCUCGUGUGGAGCCAAUUUCCGUCGUACGAACGUGAUCACGAAGCUCAAGAUCACCUACGUGAAGGAUACCUAUCUUGAUGUCAAGGUCCACUAUCGAGCCUGGGACGACUGGUCCGAUUGUUUCCGUCUCACGGACGUUAGUCUUCCCCCCUCUCCAUUCAUCGGCAUCUCCGCAAUGACAGGCGAAGUAUUCGAUUCGCAUGAUGUCAUUUCCGUAACGACGUGGUCCGCUAUUCUCUCCGCCUCCGAUGCGCAGCGCAACAAGAUUGGCGGCAGCGGUAAGGGUUCCUUUUCGCGCAGGCCUGGAACCGAAUCGCAAGGCGGCUCCUGGUUCAGCUUCAUUUUCAAAUUGCUGCUCUUCGCCGGUGUCUGUGUAGGCGCUAUGUAUGGGUACAAGACUUACACGCUUAAUAAGAGGAGGGGUUACGGUGACUCUGCAUUUGGGGGCUUGGGUUAUGAGAGUCGGAGGCGCUUCUGACAGUUUACGUCCGAGCUCCUGUACAUCUUUACCUUUACUUCCAUCAAUGCAAUCGCUAGGAAACGGAUGAA